AUGACACAGCAGCAGAUGAUCCAACUCAGCAAGCAGGCGGGUGCGUUUCAACAGUGGUUUACCACGCCGAUGCUGGCACCUGGCGCGCGCCAGAACGACAGUUCGGUGGUUUGGUAUCCAACGGUGAGGUUGUUGUUCCGGCAGCCGCUGCCAGAGGCAUGGUCUGCAACCAAAGAAAUUUUGUGUGGCCAGAUCUCGGUGGAGGUAAUGGCCUUGACGGGGGAUCUUCUACGUGAUGGCCACUUGGGUGAGAACGGCCGCAUUUACGUCGUGGACAGCUCCGGAGCGGUGCUGUCUGCGCUCGACCUCCAGGACACGAUCACGAUGACCUCGACUGGAGCAUUGCAGUUCAGGCACAUCACGGAGAUGGGCUCCUUUGGCAAUCUGGUUGCAAGCGCCUUCAAAGGCAGCAUGAUCGAGGACAUGCAGGUGAAGGAGGGCUCCCUGGCUGCUGUGGUGCAGCCGCUGCGGUCUCCCUUGGAGAUGUUUGCCGUCGUGGUCGUUUCCCGGUAUGAGAACACCGACUUUCAGGACCAAUCGAUCGUGGAGUCCAUGUCGGUGCUUCUAACAUUUGCCUCCUUGCCGUAUAUCAUCGUGACGGUCACAUUGACCAUCGUCUUUGUGUCUGCCAAUUCGGGAAUGCAGCUGAGCAAGAUGUCCAUCGCCCGGAUAACGGGGGCUGCCUCAAGCGUCGUCGGCAAACGGCGGAACAGGAGCGUGGUGAUGCGAAGCAGCUCAGAAGGUCCGCUCUUCGACAAGGAGAUGGAAGGCAUGGGAAACAAGGUGUCGCAGAAAAGCAUCGUCAUGGGAGACGAUACCAUGUACGACGAUGACGGCCGGCCCCUUGCCGUGCAACAUCGGAGGACUCACGUCCUGAAUGAUGUGUACUUCUCGAACAGCAAAUCCAAGUGGGCGUGUCUCGUCCGAUGCGUGCGAUGCUUCUGUUGCUGUUGUCGCGGACGCCAGCGCGACUGA